AUGUCAACAGCAACAAUGAAUUUUCAUCAAUUUCCAUUAUGGCCUACGUCCACAUCCAGCUUACAAUCUACAACAAAACCAUCUGAUUUUACUGUUUCAUCACUAUUGGGUGAAAACAGUUCAAAUCCAUACGUAAACCUUUUUAAAUUUCCAUUGACUUCAAUGCGUCAACCACCUGGUCCACCUCUACCGCCACAACCCCCAUCGUUUCGACUUGGAACAGUCCAAGAUGAUGGUGUUCAAGAUGAUCCAAAAGUUGAAUUAGACGGAAAACAAUUAUGGGAUCAAUUUCAUCAACAUGGAACAGAAAUGGUUAUUACAAAAUCAGGAAGACGAAUGUUUCCCGCUUAUAAAGUGAAAGCAUCUGGUCUCGAUAAACGUGCUAAAUAUAUCUUGUUAAUGGAUGUAGUAGCUGCUGAUGAUUGCCGUUAUAAAUUUCAUAAUUCACGUUGGAUGAUUGCUGGUAAAGCUGAUCCUGAAAUGCCAAAACGAAUGUAUAUUCAUCCGGAUUCACCAGCAACUGGUGAACAAUGGAUGUCAAAAAUUAUAUCAUUUCAUAAACUUAAAUUAACCAAUAAUAUAUCAGAUAAACAUGGCUUUACUAUUUUGAAUUCAAUGCACAAAUAUCAACCUCGUUUUCAUAUAGCAAGAACGGAUACACUAGUAGAUCUCGCCUGGUGUCCGUUUAAAACAUUUUUAUUUAAUGAAACAGAAUUUAUUGCAGUCACAGCAUAUCAGAAUGAAAAGAUUACACAGUUGAAAAUUGAUCAUAAUCCAUUUGCUAAAGGCUUUCGUGAUAAUGGUCAAGGAAAACGUGAAAAAAAACGAAUGACAUUAAAUGGUAGUUUAAAUGAUGGUUCUGAUCCGCCACAAUCGUUUAUGGAUGAUUCUGAAGAUGAAGAUGUAUGUGUAGAUGAAACAGAAAAUCAAGUGGUUGUUGAUGAUCAAGUUUUAUUACAACAUCAUCAUCAUCAAAAUAAACAUGUUCCAUCUCCGUAUCAUCAUUCAGUUCAUUCAGCUUUAAUUCUUCGGCAUCAACAACAAUUACGUCAUGCCUACGGAUUACAUCAACAUAUACUUUUACGAACAAAUUACGAAAAUCAAUUACUAAAUAAUCAUCAGCAAAUGAGAAUGAGUAAAAAACGUUUACAUAGUAAUGAUGAUGACGAAGAUAUAACAACAACAACAAUAACAACAAAUAACACAAAUGAAAAACUAACAAAACGAAUUAAACAGGAACGAUUAAGUAAUGAUGGUAGUCAAGAUGAAUGUAAACUAAAAAGUCCAAAUAAAAUAUCCCCCAAUGAACUUCACCAUGAACAAAUAGCACUAAAAGUAUCGUCAAACAGUGAAAAACCAUCAGCUUCUAAAUCAUCAUUUCGAAUUGAUGAUGUUGUAAAACCAGAUGUACUUUUAACCAAUGGUCGUACAAAUGAGCAAACAUUACCAUCCGGUAUUGGUUCAAAUUUAUAUUGGUAUCUCUACGGUGGUUUGAGUCCACCUGAAUGUCAAGCAUGGUAUGAAACAUUAUUGAUGAAACAAGAACAUCCGUUUGAUCAGCGUCAUCAAUCACAUCCAUUACUAUUACCAAGGCAUCAACGACAACCGUCAACUACAGCAAUUUCUAGCGGACUCAUUAUUCCUCAAGCACAACAUCCAUUUUCAAAAUUAUUCAAUCGUCCACCAUUGUUACCUAUACCACGAAUGGCAUUGGCUGCUGCUGCUACUACAGCAACUACUUCUUUUCCUCCAGUUACAGAUGAACUAAAAUCAUCCAUUUCUUCUUGUUCGUCGCCACCAUCCUCAUCAGAUCGUUCAUCGGACACAGAAAGUAAAUAA